GCGAUGGCUAUAGCAGCAACGCUAUAGAAUGAUGGUGGAGGUGCCUAACCAGCCUAACGCUCUUUUCAGCCCUCAGCCGGCAGUUGAACGCAGCCCGCAGUCUUCGACGGGUCGCUCGUCCUCGAAUCCGUUACAUUUUUCUAACGCACCACUGUUUACACUAUUUCUUUCCACGUUUGGCGAACGAUCGGAAGACCUAUGUCCUGGUGAACGAGAUCCUUUAAAUUUUCAACGUAUAUCUCUGUAAACAUGGUGUAUCGAGGUGAUCGUUCGUGCGUGGUUCUAGUUACUAUACGGUAGUGGAACUUAAUAUCGCGAUUCAAAAGGGACGAGAAAUUUUCAUCAACUCGAGUGGACUAUUGUGAAUCGUUUGGCCGGUAAACGAAGGAUAAAAUAAUGGUCAAAGUGGAAUUCUCGUAGAAGUUGGCCAGUAGUGAUCACCUUCGAAGAUGUCGAAGAAGAGGCCUUAGCAUGAGCCAUACCGCUACAUUCAGAAUCCUGACACUGGUCCUGAUCCUCGGUGAUCUCGAGUCGGUGACAGUGGUGAACCAUCAUCCCGACGAGGAAUAUUUUUUGGAACAUGAAGUUCUUUACGAGGACGCGAUCGCCGAGGCGAAGAAGCUGGAAGUUUACCCAGGACCCAUUGUAGGUUGCAAACCUUGCACGAAUUCUGAAAUGGCAUACUGCAAGGAUGGGAGUGUCAUAAACGAUCAUUGCUGCUGCGACGGCAGUUUCAACAAGGUAUUCCCCUUCGUCAAGCACACUUGUCGCGUGGGACCAGAAGAAUGUAAAGUGCAGGCUGGAAACUGUGCCGAAUACACAAGGCUACGGGAAUGUUGUUGCCAUUCCUACUUAGCUUCUCUUUGGAAAUAUUUCGCAAAUGACGCACGGUCAUACACGGAUACGAAUCUGACAAAGUUCCUGGCGAUAGUAAUGGUGCUCAGGCUACUUCUCCGACCAGUCUAACAGUACACGUUUAAUACCAAAUAUUUUGUACAGUACGACUUAUUUUAAUAAAUUAUUUUUCCAUCGACAUGCCAAAAAUAUGCGAGCUCAACGAACGUUUACAAUACACGCUACAACGAAUCACCGAAUUUGUAAAAUUGUUCUGAACGGUUUGCGAAAAAAUGAUGAAUUCUAUAUUCAGGUACUGUUUGUAGUUUUCUACCGAUUAGAAACGUAAAUAAUGAAACAGAAUGAUUAGUCUGAUGGAAUGGAAUGUAUAAACAUGUAUUAUACAAGUUAUCCUUAGUUUCAUUCUCCCUUUGCCAAUGUAAAUAUAAUUAGGACAUGUAGUACCAUCUUGGUCAUGUGAUACUUAACUCCCAAGCGAUUGUUACUUAAUUGUACACUGUUGAACAUUUUUGUGUUAAAUUCAACAGAAAUCUCAUGCUCCAAACGGUUCGCCAAUAUUUUUGUGUUUAUAUUAUAUAUUAAAUUAUAUUCUUGAAAGUAUAUAAUUUAAAACGAAAGCAACAGAAGAAUCUUUGUUUUUAUGUAUGAGAAUAGAGCAACUCCCCAUGAAGUAUGUAAGAAAAUAAUAUUUCAUAUACAUUUUUCUAUAAUAGAAGAUACAAAAAUAGAAUUCGAAAUUUGAAUUAAAUAUUUUUGUGAGACUAUAAUAUUUAAAUACUAAAUUUGAAACGAAUGCAGUAGAAAAAUGUUUGCUUUUAUGUAAAAGUUAUAAAGCAACUCUGUAUGAGGUGCGUAAGUAAAUAAUAUUUCAUAUACGUUUUUCGGUAAUAUAUAAAAUAUAAGAAUAGAAUGAAAAACUUGAAGAAAAUAAUUUUGUUAGACAAUAAGCGCAGAACACAGCCGAAUCGAUCUUAUUUAAUUUUCUACUGUAUCUAUUUAUACAUUCGAACAAUAUGCUUAAAUUGGCAGACUAACCGAAAUCAACAGUUACGAUAUCAACGUAAUUAAAAAGGAAAUUAAAUGGGUCAAUGAGAGCAAUGUGCAAUUAGGUAUUGACAAAUAAAAGUAAAGUGUAUUUAAGAAUUGAUCGACGAAAGCAAAUAAAAACUUGUACCUAAUUUCAAUAACUAAA